AUGCAUCGAGCCAGGCCCCAAUGGCGCGCCGCAACCCUGCUAAGGGCGGCAGGAUGCCGAGCGUAUUGGAGGACCGUGGGGCAGCCGGAGGGCAUCGUGUCAGAGCAAGACACCGAUCAUCACUUCGUGCACCGGAGCACCAUCCCUACCAUGCACUUCCAGGCCAGCUUGCCCAGAUUGCCUAUUCCAAAACUCGAGGAUACUAUCAACAGAUAUUUAGCUGCUCAGAAGCCGCUGUUGAAUGAUGAACAAUACAGACAUACUGAAAAACUUGCCAGAGAAUUUGAAAAUGGAAUGGGAAAAGACUUACACCGUGAUCUUCUUGAACACGAUAGGAAUAGUAAGCAUACAAGUUAUAUAUCAGGGCCCUGGUAUGAUAUGUAUCUUUCUGCCAGAGAUCCAAUUGUCUUAAACUACAACCCUUUUAUUGCUUUAAAUCCUGAUCCCAAACCAGAAUACAACUGUCAAGUAGUGAGAGCAACAAAUCUGGUUGUAUCAUCAUUAAAAUUUCUAAAUUCCCUGAAGAAUGACUUUUUACGGCCAGAUGUAUAUUAUGUCAACCCUAAAUGGGGUCAGAAUAAAAUUUUCAGACAUUUUCUCCGUAUUCUUCCACCUUCUGUAUCCUGGUAUGGUGCAUACAUGGUGAAUGCUUAUCCUUUAGACAUGUCACAGUAUAGGUUACUCUUCAAUAGUACCAGAAUUCCUAAUUUAAACAAAGACACACUUUUCACAAGCGAAUUUGCAAGACAUUUGUUGGUGAUGAGAAAUGGCCAUUUUUAUGUUUUUGAAGUAUUGGAUCCUUUUGGUAAUAUUCUACACCCAUCGGAAAUUCAGGCUUAUUUAACACAGAUAAUAUAUGAUGCUGAUCGGUUGCCUGCAUUUGAACUUUCUUACCUGACAACUGAAGAUAGAAAUACUUGGGCGACAGUAAGGCAACUACUCGUCCAGAAAGGUAAUGAAGAAAACCUCAAGAAAAUUGACAGUGCAGUCUUUUGUCUUUGUUUAGAUGAUGUUUCCCCACAAGAUGAAAUUGAACUCUCCCAUUGUAUGCUUCAUGGAUAUGGUUUCAAUCGCUGGUUUGACAAAUCUUUUAGCCUGAUUAUCACAAGUGAUGGCACUGCGGGAGUAAAUUUUGAACAUUCUUGGGGAGAUGGAGUUGCAGUUCUACGUUUUAUUAAUGAAGUUUAUAGAGACAGUACAGAGCAUCCUGCUCUUUUACCAGAUUCCAGUCCAGCUUUGUUUGUUACAUCAUGCGAUAAACUGGAAUUUAAAUUGGGCCGCACAAUAACGUCUGCUAUAAGUGCUGCACGUACGAAAUUUGAGGAAAAAAGAAAAAAAUUACUUAUUAGACCAGUCAAGUACAAUAAAUUUGGAAAAAAGUUUGUAGUGAGUAAAAAAAUCAGCCCAGAUGCUAUGUUUCAGCUUGCAUGUCAGAUGGCUGCUUAUCACCAGUAUGGAAAAUUUGUUCCUUCUUAUGAAGCAUGCAGCACUGCUGCUUUUAAGCAUGGUCGCACCGAAACCAUUCGGCCAACAUCUCUGUACACAAAAAAGUGUACAAAUGCAUUUAUUGAUGAACGAGGAAAGUAUAGCAUUGAAGAAAUGAAGAACAUGAUUGAUGAGUGUUCGAAGUACCAUAGACGCUUGCAGCUGGAAGCUACACUAGGCCAAGGAUUUGAUCGUCAUUUAUUUGCCUUGAAGUAUCUUAUCCAGGUCAAAGGUGGACGUAUGCCUGAUUUUUAUAAUGAUCCAGCCUACAAAAAUAUAAACCAUAUUAUCAUUUCAACUAGUACGUUAGGCAGUCCAGCUAUUAAUUAUGGUGCAUUUGGACCAGUGGUGCCAGAUGGCUUUGGAGUUGGAUAUAAUGUCUUUGAUACUUGGAUAGGAAGUAUUGUAACUGGCUAUUUGGAGGAGGAAGACAUAGAGGAGUUUCUAAGAUGCCUUGAGUGUAGUUUGAAUGAUAUAUUUGAUGUCUUAGAAGGAAGGGCACUUACAUAG